AUGACAGUUGAUAGCAAGCCCCCCUCGGUGACUCUGGCUCAAGGCCAGCUAGUUGGAACCCAACUCAAGGACAAUUUCCCACAGACAGUGGAGGCGUUCUUGGGUGUGCCAUACGCGUUGCCACCUGUCGGAGACCGGCGAUUCAGACCUGCAGUGAAAGUUGCGCGCUCAUCGGACACCAUUGAUGCAUCCAAGUACGGCCCCGCGGCCCCAGGCAAAGCAUUGCUAUCGGGAGGGCCAAAACUGGAGCAGAGCGAAGACUGUUUGACCGCAAAUGUUUUCAGGCCCGCCGGUGCGGCAGAUACCCAGAAGCUUCCAGUCGCAGUCUAUAUCCAUGGCGGUGCCUUCAACCGUGGAGCAGCGACGAUGCAUGACACCGCGUCUAUGGUAGCGUGGUCUGAAGAACCGUUUGUGGCCGUAAGUUUUGGCUAUCGCAUUGGCGCUCUUGGGUUUCUCCCAUCGAGCCUCUCUGAAAAAGAGGGACUGUUGAACCUGGGGUUGCGUGAUCAAAUUCAUCUGUUGGAGUGGGUUCAGGAGAACAUUGGCCACUUUGGCGGUGAUGCGGGAAAUGUCACUCUAUUUGGUCUAUCCGCAGGGGCACACUCUAUUGGCCACCUCCUACUCAAUCACAACGCGAAUAUCUCCCAUUUGUUUCACCGUGUUAUCAUCGAAUCGGGCGCCCCCACUUCGCGGGCCGUUCGCCCUUACAACGCGAAAGUCCACGAAGAACAAUUCGGAGAUUUCCUCAAGGAAGUCAGAUGUCCGGCUGAUCUACCUGAAUCCGAGAUCUUCCAGUUCUUGCGUUCAUUGCCAAGCUUAACCGUGACCAACGCCCAAACAGCCGUGUUCGACAAAUACAAUCCCUCGCUGCGAUGGGCUUUCCAGCCCGUAAUUGAUGGUGACACAAUCGCCCGCAAGCCCCUAGAUGCAUGGGAGUCCACGGCCUGGAACAAAGUCCCUAUAAUGACUGGCUUCAACGGAAACGAAGGCACCAUGUACGUCGAAAAGCAAAUGUCGAAGGCCUUUCAAUUCCGUCAAUUUUGGGAGAACUUGCUCCCGGAGCUUUCAUCUUCAGAUUUGGAUACUAUUGAGAAGCUUUAUCCCGACCCCUUAGUGGAUCCAUCUUCGCCAUAUAUUGAAACCAGGGAGGGUGAGGGUCUCGGUCCGCAAUACAAACGUAUCGAGGCUGCAUAUGCUCACUACGCCUAUGUUGCGCCGGUUCGCCAAACUGCAGAGUUUGCGUCAUCCCAGGGUGCUCCUGUGUAUCUUUAUCAUUGGGCACUUCCGCGAACAGUUGUUGGUCGUGCCAACCACGGCGAUAACAUGUAUUAUGAGACAUACAACGCUGGCAUCACGAACAUUUCGAAAUCUCAGAAAGAGUUAUCUGGUACGCUUCAUGCUUACCUUACUAGCUUUAUUACCAAGGGCGAUCCUAAUACUAUCUCGGGUCGGUACGGCGAGAGACCUGAGUGGAAGCCCUUCAAGCCCGAGGAUGCAACGGUGAUGAUCUUUGGAGAGGGCAAUGACGAAUUGAUUGGUGGGGACACUGCUCCUCCUGCCAAAUGUGUUGCAGACGGUUGGGCAAGGGAUGAAACCAAAUUUUGGUGGUCGAAAGUCCCCAUUUCUCAACUAGCUUGA